AGAUGGCGGCGCCCAUGGGGCACCACGUGGCGGCGAUGCCGGCGGAGGAGGAGGAGAAAGAGGAGGCCGGGCCCGGGUCUUGGGAGCCCAGCGGGGCCGCCCCUUACGGGAACUUCCCUCACUACAGCCGCUUCCACCCUCCGGAGCCGCGGAUCGGGCUCCUUCCCGUCGGGCUGCUGCAGAGCCUCUUCCCCGCCCAAGGUUCCGUACCGAGGCCGCUGCUGGGCCUGGACGUGGGCUGCAACUCCGGGGAGCUGAGCAUCGCCCUGUACCGUCACCUGACGGCCCCGCCGGCAGCGGGCACCGGCCUGGGCCCCGCCCCCGACCUGCACCUCCUGUGCUGCGACAUCGACGCGGGGCUGGUGGAGCGGGCCCGGCGGGCCUGCCCCUUCCCGGGGGCCCUGUCCUUCGUGCCGCUGGACAUCAUGGACCCCACGGCCCGCGAGCCGGUGCUGGCCUCCUUCCUGGCCCGCCACGGCCGCCCGGCCUUCGACCUGGGCUUCUGCAUGUCGCUGACCAUGUGGGUCCACCUGCACCACGGGGACGCGGGCCUCCGGGCGCUGCUGGCCCUGCUGGCAUCCCUCUGCCGCUUCCUGCUGGUGGAGCCGCAGCCCUGGCGCUGCUAUCGCGCCGCCGCCCGCCGCCUCCGCCGCCUGGGCCGCCGGGACUUCGACCACUUCCGCUCGCUGGGCAUCCGCGGCGACAUGGCCCAGAACGUGGCCCAGAUCCUGACCGGGGAGCUGGGCAUGGAGCUCCACAGUUGCUUCGGGACCACCCCCUGGGACCGCAGCCUCCUGCUCUUUCGGGCCGCCCCCUGACCCCGGCCUCGGCCCCCUGAACCGGGACCCCGCCUCCGGGAGGCCUCGGUUGGCCCUGCCGGGCAACGGACGCGAUUCUUCUCUCUCCCGCGGGGACGGAGGGGUGGGCUUCAAGGGCUCCUCCCCACCCGGCAUCCCCCUGAUCUCCCCAGUGAUGGGCUCGAAUCGGGAUCCCGGGGAGGGGUCUGUGGGGAGUGGGAGCUGUGACCAGCAAGCGCCCCUCUCGUGGAGGGUAAGGAGGCAGGGUUUGAGGGGGUCUUCUAAUCAGUCAGUCAGUCAGUCGAUUGUAUUUAUUGAGCGCUUACUGUGUAGAGCACUGUACUAAGCGCUUGG